GAGAUAGAGUAUGGUGGAUUCCUAGCAGUGAUGGUGAAUUAUCUGUUGCUACUGUAUUACUGGAUUGAUGAUAGAGAAGUUUGAUCCAGAUGGAUAAUUUACCAGCUGAAUUACUUCUGGAGAUUUUGGGACGGAUUAAAAGAACUACUGAUAGGAACUCUGUAUCCCUAACUUGCAAACGCUUCCACAAAUUGGAUAAUGGGCUGAGAAUAUCGAUGCGCGUAGGGUGUGGUUUACAUCCUGUCUGUGAUGCAUUAACUGCUCUAUGCAACAGAUUCCAUAACUUGGAGAAAGUGGAAAUUAUUUACUCUGGUUGGAUGUCUAAGUUAGGGAAGCAGUUGGAUGAUAACGGUCUUCUCAUCCUUUCACGUUGUUGCCCUUUGCUCAAGGACCUCACAUUAAGUUACUGUACUUUCAUAACGGAUGCUGGUCUUAGUUACUUGGCUUCUUGUUCGAAACUUACAUCCUUGAAGUUGAACUUUGCUCCCAGAAUUACUGGUUGUGGCAUCUGGUCUCUUGUUGUGGGCUGCAAAGCCCUCAGUGUGCUUCACCUGAUUAGAUGUCUUAGUGUCAGUAGUAUGGAGUGGCUAGAAUAUCUCGGAAAACAUGAAAUGCUUGAAGAUCUCUGCAUCAAGAAUUGUAGAGUGAUUGGAGAAGGUGAUUUGAUUAAGCUUGGACCUACUUGGAGAAAAUUGAAGAGACUGCAAUUUGAGGUUGAUGCCAACUACAGAUAUAUGAAGCUUUAUGACCGUUUAGCAGUUGACCGAUGGCAAAAGCAAUCGAUCCCAUGUGAGAACAUGCUUGAACUUUGUUUAGUGAACUGUGUUAUCAGCCCCGGGAGAGGACUUGCAUGCGUAAUAGGGAAGUGCAAGAAUUUGGAAAAGAUUCACUUAGACAUGUGUGUUGGGGUUAGGGACUGUGACAUAGUAUGUUUGGCCCAGAAAUCAAGCAAUCUUCGAUCAAUCUCUCUCCGAGUUCCAUCAGACUUCUCCCUUCCUCUGCUACAAAACAAUCCAUUGCGGUUAACAGAUGAAAGUCUAAAGGCAGUGGCUCAGAACUGCUCUCUGCUUGAUACGGUUAGGUUGUCUUUCUCUGAUGGAGAGUUCCCUUCAUUUUCUUCCUUUACCUUAAACGGAAUACUUAUGUUAAUACAAAUGUGUCCAAUAAGAGAACUUGCUCUUGACCAUGUGUAUUCUUUUGACGAUAUUGGAAUGCAAGCUCUUCGUUCAGCACAAUAUCUCCAAAUCUUGGAACUUGUAAGGUGCCAAGAAAUCACUGAUGACGGAAUGCAGCUUGCUAGCCAAAUUCCUCAAUUAUGUACAUUACGGUUGAGGAAGUGUUUGGGAGUGACCGAUGAUGGGUUAAAACCUCUCGUUGGGUCUUACAAGUUAGACUUGUUGGUUGUAGAGGAUUGUCCACAGAUAUCAGAAAGGGGUGUUCAAGGAGCUGCAAAGUUGGUCACCUUCAAGCAAGACUUGUCAUGGAUGUACUAAGCUUUCCCAUUUUACAAGUAUUUUUCCAGAUGUUGUACAGGUUAGGUUGUUCCGUCUAUACGACUUUUUGUACAGUCAUUCUGUUUUUCAUAACAAUUCUGUAAUCUGCAACACAGAAUUCCCUAUGUCCACAUGCAUGUUGCAUAAUAAAGGUUAAUUUGAGUGUGUGUUUCC